AUGAGCAACCUGACGAUCGGAGACCCGUACCGAAGUCACGUGGGUCCCGUCGAGUCGCUGGUCGAGUCUCUAAUUCUGGGGACCGUCAGUCUAGUCUCGGUGGUCAGCAACGCCGCGCUGUGGGUGAUCAUCUUGACCAACAAGGGUCUGAGGAACGAAUCCAACAUGCUCAUCCUGUGCCUGUCUCUCGCUGACCUGUUGGUCGCCACGGUCAGCAUGCCGGUCACCGUCACGACUAUUACGUCAUCGCGAUGGAUUUUCGCAAAAGCGACCUGCGUUGCCAUGGGUUACCUGAACAUGCUGACCUUCACGGCCUCAGUCCAGUCCCUGGGCGUCAUCAGCAUGAACCGCUACGUCAAGAUUUGCCUGCCCAACAGGUACAUCGACGUCUUUACUUACCUGAACACAGCUUUCAUGUGCCUAGGUGUAUGGCUUGUGGCCGGUUUACUGUCAUUACCUCCCUUAUUCGGCUGGGCCGCUUACAGUUACCUGCCCUACGCCUCGCUCUGCUUCUGCAACUGGGCGCUCUCCUUCACCUACGCCCUCUUCAUGAUCUUCGUCUGCUUCUGCAUCCCCUGUGUGGCCAUGACCUUCUGCAACGUCAGCAUCCUCCGGGCCUUCCUCCACAGCAGGCGCGCCAUCCAGUCUUUCAAGGACAAGGACAACGAUGACGCACACCGGAACCACGUGACCGAUCCUAAACCGGAAGUUACCAACCACGAAAAGCACGACGCUAAAACUACGAAUAACAAUACAAUGCAUAUCACUACCAAUCUAUCUAAACAAGAAGUCGAUAAAAAUGUGAAACCAAAGUUGAGUAAAACGGUGAAUUUUUCAGAAAAUCCAGACGAGUGUACCAAUACUACAAAACAUUCAGCUUUAGAAAUUCCUGGCUCCGUAACCAAUGGCACCGAAUCACCUUACACACUGGAGUAUGGCAAGAGCAGACUUAACGUCCCGGGAAACACGAACCAUGACGUCACAUCCGGGAAUCCUUCAACAUCUUCAGACGACAACAACCAAACUCAACUGACACCUCAAAAACCGCCACCCCGGAAACCGUUGGGGAAAUUAGAACGUCGGAGAAAGGAAGAGUUCCAACUGGCAGGAAGUCUUGUCGUCGUCAUCGUUCUCUUCAUCGUCUGCUGGUUCCCGUACUGCAUCUCCAUGUUCAUCUCCGUCUUCACGCCUGAGCGGUCAUCACGUGGGCUGGACAUGACGUCACUGUUCCUCGGCUACUUCAACAGCUGCGUGAACCCUAUCGUGUACGGGCUGAUGAACAAGAAGUUCAAGGCCGCCUACAUCAAGCUGUUCAUGACCUGCAUUCGGCCGUUGUGUAAGAAGAAUCGAUUCGAUCUCAGACAGAACAACUCGACCCGCCCGCACCGACCCGUCACAACCAUCGCCAUGUCGACCUCCGCCUGA